UAGCUUAUCUUUGUCCAAAUUUAAUGCAGAAGAGUUUUAUUUGUUUACUGGUUUGAUUUCUUUUAUAACCUCCAGGUUGUUGUGAUCGUAACAUGGACAAAAGUUUUCUGGAGACAAGAACUGAUGAAGGAAAGUUUGGUUCCAACAUUUCGCACUUAGGCCAUUAUUCCGAAAUAGCAGAGAAAUCAAUGGAAAGUUUUGUUUCAGUGGUAUCAUCAUUUAGAUGCUCCUCGUCUGGUUCUCGUGCUAGUGGUCUUCGUGCUCCUCUCAAAGAUGUUCGGAAUACUUGUACCAACCGAUCAUCUACUGCAUUGGAUUUGAGACAGUUUGCUUAUGUACCUAAUAGCCAGAAGAAGUCUGCCUUACCAUCACGGAGAUUUUGAAUUUGGAUACUCUUUAAGCAGAAUUUUAUUGCCUGGGCAUCAUUGUGCUGUUGCAGAGGGAGCUUCGAGUCUGUUUUCCUUUAGAACUGUGAGUGGCAAUAUUCGAUACUUUUCUUGUUCUAUAUUGGCUUGUUCUAAUAGUUGCUUUUAGCUUUAUUCAGGACUGAUUAUACUCAAAGGCUGAUUAUGGAUUAAUCGAGGCCUUUGGUUCUGUUGCCACCAGCACAAUUGAUGAUUUUCACACUUCAAAUCAUAUCUCUGUAAAUUGAGAUGUCAUCAGUACAUUGUCUUGUGUUUUCAUUUAUAUGAAACUCCUGUAAUUGUUAUUGUCAAUGUGAUGAUAAACUCCUGUAUGUGCUCUAUCCCACCAUUCCGGCACAUUGUUUUGUUCCUGCGUAAAGGAUUUUGUAUCUCAUAAUUGAACACAGAAUCGGUAAAGAGCCAUUUUUUGUAAA